AUGUCCAGUCCGCGUGAACAGUACGGGGUGCCUGAACUGCAAGGGGAGCCAGAGUACAUAUCCAAAGAGAAAGCACGAAUCGUUGCAUCUCAGGUGAAUGGGCCUGUACUGGUGGAGGACACAUGCCUAUGUUUUAAUGCUCUCAAAGGCCUACCAGGACCCUACAUAAAGUGGUUUCUUGAGAAGAUUGGGCAUGAAGGUUUAAAUAAUCUGUUAAAAGCUUAUGAAGAUAAAUUAGCGUUCGCUAUGUGCAUCUUCUCUCUUGCUCUUGGACCUGGAGAGGAACCAAUCACAUUUGUUGGCAAAACUACGAGAAAGAUCAUGCCUGCUAGAGGCCCUAACGAUUUUGGGUGGGAUCCUGUGUUCCAGCCAGAUGGUUUUGAACAAACAUAUGCUGAGAUGCCCAAGUCAGUGAAGAACGAAAUAUCUCACAGAGGGAAAGCUCUUGCUCUAGUGAAAGAACACUUCACAUCUGCUAGCUAUACAGUUCAGAGCGACGACUCAACUUAA